AUGGGACAACGAAAGACCAAGAACACCUCCACUUGUUGUGACACAACACCUUCAUACAAGGAAGAGAAAGGACCAUUCCGAAGAAUAGCAGUCGUUGGAUCACAACGAAACGGAAAAACAACACUGGUCAGGUCCUUUCAGGAAUUGUCCUUGUCCAAAGAAGAAUUCAAGAAGGUGUUGCAAGAGAGUUUGGCAUGUGUCUUGACAUUAGUGAUGGAAGGACUCUCUUCAGAUGACCUUUCAAAGAUAUUGAAUCAUGAUGAUGUGAUCCAAUCAACACCACUCAAGCAAAUAUUAAUGAACAAAUCAACAAUAACCUCUCAUUGCAGCGAGCAUUUGAUAUCAAUAGCUCAACUAGAGGAUUUAAGAACUCUUGUAAUGUGGUUUUGGAAGAGUUCUCAUGUACAAGAAAUGGUGUUUGAAUGGAAUCCAGAAAGAGUUCCACCUGAAAACAUUGCACUUUUAAUUCAAAAGAUGACUCGAAAUGAAAUACAAUUUAAUCCCAGCCAUUAUGUCUCAGAUUCCACAUCAGGCAUCUAUGAAUACAAGUUCAUGCGAAAUGAUCUACAAUAUUCGACAUUCGAUCUUGGGGGUGAUAGAUAUACAAGACGGAGGUGGCUUCAUUGCUUUGAAAAUAUUGAUUGUUUUAUUGUGGUUGCAUCGCUGACAGAUUUUGCUGAAAGUUAUGAUGAUAGAAUAACAAAAAUUGAGGACAGUCUUGCGUAUUAUGACAUGCUUAUUGACAGCAAAUGGACUUGUGACAACAGAAUUGUGUUGGUCCUUACAAAAGCAGAUAUUUUCGUGCAGAGAUUACGAAAUGCAAGAAUUAAAUAUAAUGGAGCAAUGGAUUCCAUCAUACGAAAAGAAUUGGAGUGUGUGGACAAUGACUGUCAACAAAGAAUGAUUCUCAAUUCUAUUAUUUCAGAAUAUUACAAAAAUUUUAACACCAAGUAA